AAUUAUUUAGUUAGCAUUUUGUCAUCGCUCGAGCAAAGUGACAUUUGUUGCAGUUUGAAAAGUCAGAAUAUUUUAAUUUUUAAACUAAAAAAAAAUAUUAAAAAGCACUGUUAUUGCAGUGUAAUAGUGAAAUUGAAAUAAAAUGUGGAUUUUCAUAAAACGGUGCUUCCUUUACGUAAACUUGUUCUUCCAAAUGUUAGCAGCUUUGCCAUCGGGACCCGGAAACGUCCAGACCUCAUUAUUAUUAGCCAAUUCAAGUCACACCACAUACAAUUUCCAUCGCAUGCGCGAAUGUAAACAUAACGAAUUUUAUGAUUUGGACACAUUUUCUUGUGUUGCCUGCGGCAAGGAGGAGGAAAACUUGCAAUCAACACCAGACAAGUUUUCCUGCGAGUGCGCUGCCAAUCAUGGGACUAUUGCGCUCUACGACACACAACGCCGCAAUCCGUUAUGCGCAGAGAAAUGCUCAGACUUAUUAUCCAACGACAAUGGUUGUCAACUUGUAACAGCUAAUUCCAGUAAAACACAUUGUGAAUUCAAAUUAGUUAAUUUUACUGAAACCAACCACGACUUCGCAUCGCGUUCGGUUGCUUCAACGAGCCCGAUACGCCUAACACCAGCCGGCUUCCAUGCGAAUGGCAUUUGCAAUAUUUGCGAUUUAAAAUAUAACUACCGUUAUCUGGACUAUUGCAUUGCGAAUGCAGUGCUCAAACCAUAUUUAAAAUACAACUCCUUUUGGCAAUCGACCAGCGCUAACGCCGUGCACUUUGGCGAUCUGAAGUUUGUGGUCUUCUUCUGUUUGACUUUACGCAAUAACACUGCCUGCAGUCAACUGGCGAAUCUCUGUAUAAUGUCCCAUUACUCUGCGGAUAAGAAUUCACCUUGUAGUGCGUUUCUGUUGAGCCAAGUCUCCGAUGUGGCCAUCAAGUAUGCCAGCAUGGACAAGCACUUGCAGGCAACGAAGCCGUCGUUGUUCUAUAAAAAAGGCAAAGAGACCGCCAAAAUGUUAACGGAGCCUCUGGGUAUUAGUCCGAAGCAGCUGCAACUUUUCAGCACUGCUUAUCAUUUGGAUGGCAGUUUGCGUCGUUGGGGUACAUUCAAAAUGAGUCAUGUCAAUUUAUGCCAAAUGCAUGCUCAAAGCGAUGCCGCCGUUUGGAGUUCGCAACAGGAAAUACAAUUUGCACGCUUCACCAAACCGAUUCGCUGCGAAUUGACUGUGGAGAAUCUGAUUGAUUUGGCUAAAAUUUACGCAAAUAAUAACUUUUUGAGUUUAUUUUUGAAUAUUUCGAGUGAAACGAGAUAUGAUUUACAAGUGCUGCCAAUAUUAACUGAGGACAUAUCACCUGAGAAUUUGCGUGCUCAAACGGCAGAAUGGCAAUUGGUAAAGCGGUUCCAGUUAAUUGAAGCCCAACCCCGACAUGCCCGCAUUCAUGAUCAGCAGUCGAAAUAUGAGGACGAAUUUAAGCUCUCACUUUACCAUAGCAUAAGAUAUGUGGUAUCCUUCGAAAUGCAUUAUGAAAUUCAUGAUCGCAAUCAAAUUGGUAUACCGCUGGUGAAGCUGCGCUAUCGGCAUAUUGACCUGAGCGCCAAUACAACACUGAAUGCAGUGCAUCCAUUUAAAUUGCAAAUCACCUUUGCGCGCAUGGGAGAGCCCACACAAAGGAAGUUCAUGUUUGAAGUGAUGCUACCGGCUUUUUUAUGCAUCGCGUUAUCGAUGGCUAUGCUGCAAAUGCUUAACUACAGGAAACGCCAUAAUGCCUUAACAACCACAACAGCUGCGACAAUUGAAUGCUGUGCACCAUCCUCAUGCUUGCUGGUAUUCCUGUUGCACUUCAGCUCUUACGCGGCGAAUGCAUCUUUAUUGUGCUUUGUACUCUACACUCUCGUCUAUCCAAUGCAAUUUCUCACACAGCGCUCCGUUGCGAUCACAUUGCCUAUCAUGAAAGACGAUCAACGCUCAUUGGAAAUUCUAAUUUGUGUAGCCGUUCUUUUAAAGUUGAUAUUUAUUUGCGUGCAUUUUUGGCGAAUCAGCCGCUUUGAUCUGUUUCUCAUUGACUGGGAGCGUCCGCGUAGUUGUGAGGCUAAUCACUUCACUUUGAAGAAUAAUCUGGAGACGUCUUCAGUGUGCUCUAGUGUGCGUACAUUUGCCACUGAGAAUGUCUCGACGUGGCGCAUAAUUUUUAUAGCAAAUGAAUGGAUACGUUUGAGUGUGAAACAGCAACAUUCUGCAGCUUGGCAGGGACUAUUGGUGCUUCCAUUGGCUCAGGUUUUCUUGACAGCUCAUUGGAUUAGCCAAGAUCUUGCUAUACAGUUAUUCUUCAUUGUUACUAUCAGCAUUCUGAUCUACAUCACUCAAUUACUUGUGUGUAAUUUUAUUUUGAACCGGCUUUUUGGUGAUCCUCUGCAAAAAUUCAUCGAUCUGUGUUCACUGUCAAAUAUAUCUGUUUUCAUGUUAUUGGAGCAAAGCUUUGGAUUCUAUAUACAUGGCAGAUCUCCUAAUGGUUUUGCAGAUACUGACAUGUACUCGAUGUUGGCGCAGAUGCAUCGAAACUCACAGCAUCGCUGCAGUCGCAAAGGUUUAUUGGGCGAUUCGGAUCAGCAGAGUUAUAUAAUUUUGCCUCCUUUGAAUUUGCGAGUUUACUUUGAGAAAUUGCUGGCACCUUAUCAACGCUCUUAUAGCAUAUCUCAAGCACAUUUUCAGAAGGAAAUCAAUACGAUCGAUGCGGCAAUGGAACGCAGCUCAGCCACUUUCAAUAAUCUAAAUCGCUUUCUUUGCGCUUUCAUAGAUCACGCUAUCAAGGAUAUGGAUUAUAUAAUAAAGGAGAAAACUUUCAUUGAGAAAUUAUUGAACUGUGAAUGUGAUAAUUAUUUAACCGAAAAUAAGGGCACGUUCUAUAUUGAUAAUGCAAAAUCGUUUAAACAGUUACUGCUCUACGGCAACAGUUUAAAUAUCUUCACAAUGGAAUUGGCCUUGCUCCUAGCGAUUUAUAUGCUGACAAAUAAUUUAAUAAUAGCUGUGGCAGUAGUUUAUAUACUCAACAAGCUGCUCCAACAUCUCUACAUGGCUUGGCAACGCCAAAAUGUAACAACGAAGACUUCCAUUGAUCAACGGUUUCUAUUGUAAGAUAAAGGCAUCUUGCAACAAAAUUACAAUAAAUACUGAACUGUAUGGCAAUACUUAUUGCAUAAUUAGCAUACAUAUUAUUAAAUUAUUUAUAAUUUAGUAAAACUUAACAAAUUUGCGAUAAUCGCCGCAGUAAAGAUAAACUUCAGUUAUGGUUUUACAUUAAAUAUUCAGUUGUUUAUUAAUUCAUAUUUUUUUGCUUAGAAAUAGUGCAGUAGACAUUAGAUUUCAUAACAUAUCUCACACAUGCAUACGUGCACAAACAUAUGCAUGCACAUGUAUUGCCUAAACUAAACCAAGCAUCUUCUCAUCAUAGUAAGCAACACUUCACACGCAUUAGCAUUACAACUUUGCCAAUAUUUAUAAAUUAUAGGUAAACCUAUAUCUACGAUAAAAUCUACAAAGUUUAGUUUACCAUAUUAGUUAAUCAUCUACACAAAUACAUGCAUACGUAUUUAUACAUACAUAUUAUACGUGUGUGUUUGGAGCAAGGUGCCAGAAUGCUUAUAUAAAAUCAUUAUGUAAAUGUACAUACAUUUGCAUGAUAGGUAUGUACAAUACCAUAUGUGUUUAUGCUAACGCGUCGAAUUGAAUUUGCUACAAAUUGCUGCACAUAAAUUAAUAAGCCUUUCAUUAGUUUGUUGUCUUAUAAUUUGACAGUAAUUUUGUAUUGUAAAGGUCUUCCCGCAGACAUUAUAUGUUUGUGUAUGUGUGUUUAAUUAUGCAUAAUCAGUAUUUGAUCGUGUUGUGUUUAUUAGUGAGUGUAAAUUAUAGUCUUAAAUAGCAAAAAAUAAUAAUAUUAAUAAUAAUAGUGAGAAAACAACUACUGGCAUGUACAAUUUGCAUAAAAUAUUAAAUAAAAUUCUUAAAUAACACGCAUUUGAGUUUCACUUCUUCUUAAUUUCAAUUCUAUUUUAGUAUGCGUUCAUGCGUCUAUAUAUAGUGGUCAUGAUGAACUGGACAGCAGUUAUUUAUACCAUAGCUAUGUAUAUAAUAUAUCAAAAGAGAAAAUAAAGACUCAGUGGAAAUUAAAAUACUAAAUUAUGUUAUGUUAAAUACUUUUUUGUCGCAAUAUUAUGAAACUACUUUAACUUGGUUAUUUGGAGUAGUUUACUAAACUUGUGUGUCUUAAGUUUACUCUUUUUUUACAUGUUAAAUACUUGGUAUGAGGAGUUUAAUUACAAUAAUUCUACGCUAUGCUUUUUAUUUAUAUUUAUAAUUUAUAUGAUUUGUGGCUUUGCACUGCCAUUGUCUAUUUAGUUUAGUUGCAGCAGCA